AUGAAGCAAUCAAAUAAAUUAGAAACGUAUGGAAAUGAAGUUACCAUGAACAUGAACAACAUUCUGUACCAGAAUAUUCAGGCAUCUCCUUACUUUAAGCAGUUGUACGAAAAGAAGACGUACCACGAAGUUAUUGACGAGAUUUACAAUCAUGUCGAGUCUCUCGAACCAUUUCUUAAGGGCACAACAGCUUCGACAGCCUUUUGUUUAUUAUACAAGCUAUGGACAUUGAGAUUGUCCGUUAAACAAGUUAAAGGCUUGAUUGAUCACACAGAUUCUCCCCACAUAAGAGCCUUGGGGUUUCUAUAUCUUCGUUAUGUUUGCAAACCGGCAGACCUCUGGUCGUGGUUUGAGCCGUAUUUGGAUGAUGAAGAAGAGAUUCAAAUACAAGGCGGAUCUAGGCCAGUCAUCAUAACUAUUGGAAAGGUGGCCCGUCAGUUAUUAUUAGAAAAUAAAUGGCUUGGAACCAUAUUACCUCGCAUUCCAGUUCCCAUUGCUCGUGAAAUUGAGCAGAAGAUCAAGGAACAGACUAAACCUCUUCCAACUCCUCAAGGGCGGCAAUCCCCAUCAUACGACAACGGGCGUCGCGACUCACCAGAGCUUAAUGAUAUCGUGAGAAGAGGAGUAAGAGCAGAGACAGAGAUAGAAGUGGAGAUAGAAGUAGGGAUAGACAUAGAAGAAGAAGAAGUUAUAGCCGAGACAGGAGAGAUAGAAACCAUGAGCGCCGGGGGAGUCAUGAUUAUGAAAGGAAAAGAAGAUAUGACGAUGAUCGAGAAUCCGAUCGAAGAAGGAGCCGGAGUCCUCGAAAGGAUGUAUAGAUUGUAA